AUGGCACCUGGCGUAGCGUCUCACAGACCCGUCAUUAUUCAGGCCCCGACUAACAAAGACGCAGGCCUCCCCGUGAGGCAAUGGCGCCAGGAAUGGGUCAACGUCGCGCCCCCGAUCGAGCAAGAACCGCAACAAAUUAACGACGUCUGGGCGUCCGAGCUAAUCCACGGCAUGCCCAAAGACUCUGGGCUCCUGACCCCUCAUAGUCAGGAGCUGCUACGGGCGGCCCGCUCCGGCCGACUCUACAAGCGCGCCGUGCCGACCGACGAGGAUGAGACCGAGGCCGAACCCAACAUCGUCGAAAAGCCCGAGAAAAAGGAGGAGGAGCCGGCGCCCAAGGGCUUCUCCGUCAAGCUCUGGAAGCAGGUCCCGCGCAACGUGGAGGCGUCCGACAUUACGCGCCUGGCCAAGCGGCGCCGCAACACUGUGACGAUUGCCAGCAAGACGCCCGCCGAACGGGGCCACGGGCCGACGGUGACGCGCGCCACGGUACGACGCGUCGACGCCGCUGGCAACCCAUACACGGAAGAGGUGACGCUCGGCGACGGCCAGGCUGUGAGCGGCGAAAUCAUUGCCACGCGCGUCGAGGUCGUGCAGGUCCCCGCAGCCGGGGCAAUGUCGCUCGGCGCGCAGGUGCCGCCCAACCACCGCCGGCGACCGCCCCCGCCGAAGCGCAAGACAAAGGCUGGACCGGGCCGCGGAAAGAAGAAGAAUCGAGGCGGCAUCGCCGGCGGGCCGCCGCACACAAGCGUGCCCAACGGCAGCGGCGUCGCCAUGCCCAGCCAGCCUGCGACGGCGGAAACGACGGCGAAUGACACCAAUGGCGCGGCCAAGGGAGAGGGCGGCGAAACGGCAGACGGCGACGAAGAGGAGAGCGAGGAUGGUGACGAGGGCGACGACGACGAUGACGAGCACGGCGAUAGCGAUCAUCCAGAUACGAGCAUCGUGGACGAGGUCAAGGACAAGGAUUUGACCAUGACCGACGCCCCUCCCGUCCCCGCCGAGGUCAAGGAGAUGGUGGCGGAUGCUGCGGCGGCCGACAAGCUACCCGCCAAUCCCAUGACACUACCACCACCGCUCGCCUCCCUGGCAAGCGAUCUGUCCAAGACCGAAGGCAGCCCCCUGAAGAACGUUGUUCUCCCCUCGCCCACCGAAGGCCAUGCACCAGUCUUUCCCGGCGAGGUGGCCAGGUCGCUGGAGGCCGCGUCGGGCUCGACCGUCGCCGAGCCGCCCUCGACCAUUGUCGGCGAGGAGCCCGCGGCGGCAGAAAACCGCGACCUCGAGCUGGCCCCGACCCUCAGCAGUACCCUGCUGCCCCCGCCGCCGGAGCAGGUUGGCAACAUUGCCACGCCCAAGGCCGACGACGCCUCGUCGCGGGUGUCGAGCAACGAGCACCAGAGCAAAGACGCCGAGCACGUGCAUGGGGACAAGUCAUUUCACCAGCAAGACUCGAUCAUGACCGAGGACAGCAUCAAGCCAGAGGACUCGGCGUCUGUGCGGUACCCGCUGACGGAGUCGGGCGCGCCGUCGGAAGUCGGCACGGGGUCGGUCGAUGACACCAAGGAGCCGGCGGCGGCGGCGCAGACGCCCGGUCCCGUGGAGACGGAAGACCAGCCAGAGCCGGUGCCUGUUGUACCCGUCAUCGCGGAAGAAACUACACCCGAGGCCAAGCCGGAAUAUGGUGGUGAGCCGCCCGCUGCGCAAUUGCCCAAGGAGGAGCAAGACCUGCCCCCUAAAGAGCAGCCGGCGUCACCACCCGCCGCCGCUGUCCCGGAGCCUGCGCCCCAAACUUCAGUCGAGGCCACUCCUCCAGCGCCGCCGCUCUCGUUGCCUUCGCUGAGGCCGGAACCGGACUCUGCUAACGAGCCCGCCAAGCCCUUCACUCCUUCACCACCCGUCGCCGAACCAGUGGCCGAGGUGAAGAUUGAGGAGGAACCGGUGCCGCAGCCGGAGGAGUCCAUCGUGGAUGUCGCACCGGAGGAGCCGCGGUCUGCUGAGCCUGGAGCUGUUGCGGAGCCCGUGGUUGAGUUGACGCCGCCGCUGGCAGAGCCAGCGCCCACAGCGUCGGAACCGAACAAGGACGACGAUACUACCGCUCCGUAG